AUGAAUUUUAAAAUCAAGAAUCUUAACUUUCCGGUAAUUUAUUAUAAUACGUAUUAUUAAGUCAUUGAAAAUUAAUUGCAAUUCUGUCAAUAUAUAUAAAUAUUAUUAUGA